GGCCAAUGGCACAGCACCACAAUCAAUGUGUCCCAGAUGAUUGAAAAACAGGAAGAAGAAGCCGUGAUCAAAGCGGUUGCAGGUACAACAUACGCAGCCGCUUCAUCAUCAGCGCUGUCAGCUUUCAUGAUGGCGAUGAUUAUGUUCCCUGAAGUACAAAAGAAAGCUCAGGCAGAGAUCGAUCAAGUCACUGGAGGCACCAGAAUGCCUGAUUUUGGCGACAGGGAGUCGAUGGUUUAUCUCGAAGCCACAUAUUGCGAAGUCUUGCGAUGGUGCCAGGUCACGCCACUGGGGGUACCUCACAUGACAACAGAGAGUGAUGUGUACAACGGAUAUUUUCUUCCAAAAGACACAAUUGUCUUUGCCAAUAUAUGGGCGAUGACACAUGAUGAAAGGAUGCACCCUGAACCCUCUAGGUUCAUGCCUGAGCGUUUUAUUCAGGAAGAUGGAACACUUUCGAACGACCUCGGACAGCAACAAUUUGGAUUCAGAAGACGGAUUUGUGUUGGGAAAUAUCUCGCUGAGGCAUCAGUGUGGAUUGCUAUGGUGUCCAUUCUCGCUGUGUUCGACGUGAAGAAGGCAACGGAUGAGUUUGGGAGUGAAAUCGAUGUCACCCCUCAGUACACACCAGGUGUGAUUAUUCAUCCAAAACCCUUUCCAUUCUCGAUUACACCUAGGUCACAGAAGGCAGCAGCAAUGGUCCAGCCUGCUGCGUCUUCGACGGGUUGUGGGUUACUAGCGUGAUGGUGGUCUCAUUGUGUGGAAUGGCGAUGACUGCCAGUAUGUAUUUAAAACACGUCUCAGAUCUCGCGCGAUAUAUCAGUGAAAGGGUUUGUGUUUUAUGAUGUCAGUAGUACAAAAAAUGUAGCAGGGGACAAUGAUGGCAAAU